GAGGCCGAGACAAUCGUAGAACUCCGAACUGUCUAAAGUUUCAUCUACCGAGUGGAAUCUGGGAUCUAGGUUUCCAGAUGUUUGUUGACGUCACAACACGAGGCUUUCAGUUUUCAAAACAUCAUGGCGACAGCUGUGAUAUUAAAUGCAAGGAAAUAUUCGCCAGAUUUUCAAUGCAAACGUCAUGUAGCAUCAGCGGAGGAGCAAGAAAAUCAUCUUCAUGAAACCUAAAACUCUUAGGAAAUCACGAUUAGCCGGAGCUUUCGCUGUAGAAGGCUCCAGAGCUCGAAGAAGUCAAGUGAGUUCGAUAAAGCUUCACGGGUUUGUGAAGGAAAUUGUUGUUUGGAGAAGACGGCAUUUGGUAAAUUGUGAACACCUAAGACAUUCUCUUCGAAUUGGACGAACUUUCACUUCCUUGUUAGAUUAUUUUCAUCAUGCCAAAGAAAGAAGAAAGCCUAAAAUGGGCGUGCAAGUAUUGCACCUACUUUAAUUGGCCUUGUUCUGUAAAAUGUACUUUGUGCCAUGCACCAAGACCGCCUCAGGUUAUCACGCAAGAAGCAAGCAGAACAGCAAAUGUAUCAGAGGAUAUUUACGAGGCUGCUAGCAGCGAUAGGAUUAUCUCAACUGACCCGCUUAUUUGUUCGUCGAGCGACAAUAAAAGCUUGUCACCGCGAGUCGCCGAACAGACAGAAGACAACUCGAAAUGGACCUGUGCUUGUUGUACCUACGAAAACUGGCCUCGCUCUUUGCACUGCGUUAUGUGCCGAGCUUCAAAACAACAGUCAAGCAAGAACGGAAGGCAUACAGAGUGUGGAAAUGGAAACAGGGAUGCUUCCUCUCGAAGUGUGUCUCCUAAAUCACCUCGUUCUGUCAGCGGCAACGGUAGGUUAGACUCCAAAACAAUCAACAAUGACAAAAACCGCGCGCUUCUGAAAAAUCACAAGUGGACUUGUCCGCAAUGUACGUACGAAAACUGGCCAAAAACUACUAAGUGCGUCCUUUGCAAGUGUUUGAAGCCGGCCAAAAUAAAACAAGAGGAACUCGCGAAGAACACUUCGCAAGACAAUAACACAAAAAGACCAUCCACGUCAAAGAGAAGAUCGCCUUCUUCAUCUGUCAGUGAAGCCACUUUAGAAAUCCAGCCGAGUAGUCAGAUUGGCGAAACGAUAAUUUAUGACAUUCCAGCCUCAGACGAUGUCAAUGAUAAUGAAGAAGUUCUUCAAAUCCGAAAUUGUUUAAAAGACUCUGACUGGUUGUGGUUGAGUGCUUGUAUAGGAGUAGUUGAAGGUGAUACGGCUUCUGUGGAGAGCUAUUUAAACUCUGGUAAUGAUCUUUCCAGGCAAUUGACAAGAGAAGAUUGUUUGGUGCUUAACAGACCUGGAGUGUUUGAAGUGGGGCACACAUUAGUACAUUUGGCAUUUAAAUUUAAAAGAGAAGAGCUUAUGACAAUUUUGCUUACUCCAGAAGUGACAAGCCAUCAUUUAAGACGUGUUCCUUGCAUAGCAUGCCCAGAACUUGCUGCAGACAUCAGAAAACAGAUGGGUCACACCAUGAGGCAACGUAAAGGAGACUGGCGUUGUUACUUCUUUACGGACCAGGUCACAUUUGUUCUCCCAGCAGAGAUUCAAGACUUUCCAGGAAGAGCACAGAGGCAAGUGUUUGAUGACAUCCUAGAUAGGGAAGUUCAAAGAGUUCUAGAGAUGGAGUCCCCUGUUAUCAACUGGAGUGAAGAGAUAACUGAACAGUUAGGAAGCAGGAUCUACCCCUUGUGGAAUCGUUCUGCGGGUGACUGCCUUCUGGACUCGAUUCUUCAAUCUUCAUAUGGUGUCUUUGACAGAGAUAAUACUCUAAGACGAGCACUUUAUGACAGCUUAACAGAGGGAGGCUCAAGGUUUUUUAAUAGGUACAAGGAGUGGGAAUCUAUGCAAGCAGAAACUCUCCAAUAUUCUCUAGAUGAAGAUCAAUGGGAGCAAGACUGGGCCUCCAUUCUUAGUCUUGCUGGUCAGCCAGGAACUUCCUUAGAGCAAACACAUGUAUUUGCUCUGGCGCACAUUCUCCGUCGACCAGUCAUCAUUUAUGGUGUGAAAUAUGUCAAAAGUUUUAGAGGAGAAGUGCUUGGGCUUGCUAGAUUUCAAGGAGUUUAUCUACCUGUUUUAUGGGAACAGACUUUCUGUUGGAAGAAUCCAUUAGUAUUAGGCUAUACAAGGGGACAUUUCUCUGCUUUAGUUGCAAUGGAAACUGAUAACUCUAAUGAACUUGGUGCAGGAGCCAAUGUGGAUAGUAUAGACAGUGUUCAUGUGACCUAUUUACCACUGGUUGACUACGAAGGCAAAUUGCUACCUGUUCACUUUUUGUCUGCAGAGGAGAGGGGCAGUGAAGAGCGCUUGCUGCAUGAGUGGCUAGAUUGUUGUGUGACAGAAGGUGGGGUCCUAGUGGCAAAGCAGAAGCUAACACCAAGACCUGCGCUUGUCAACCAACUAAUUGAUGAUUGGUUGGACCGCUACAGGAAACUAAACAAACCCAAAUGAUUAGGAUUCUGGGUUAGAACUAGAUACUGUAGAUACUAGUCAUGCCUUUGUGUGACAUGGACAUUCUGUGGUGAAUUGCAUAUAUUAGAUCAAUUGCCAUAUUGGCUACCAGUUUUGAGCCUUGCCAUAAAUUUUUUGGCCCAUGAAGAGGAUCUCUUAGGCAAGUGGCAAGCAUAGUCAUAGAGAUCUUAAGACUUCUCUAGUCUCUCCUAUAGAGAGGAUAAAUUGCGGUGCAUUCAAGUGUAACAAUAUGAAAUUAUACACCCAUAUUCUGGAAUUUGGAGUUUACAUAGCAACAAACUCAGCACUUUCUACUGAAACCUUGCAUCUCAGUUUCUUUUCAGCCUUUUGGUUCUUCUGUAUUGAGUUACAAACUAAACUCUUUUACUUUGGAAAGUUAAGAAA